UCCCCUUCCCUUCACUUCUUUAAAAUUUCCCUUCCCUUCCCUUUCUGUCUCUUUCCCUUUCCUUUAUUUCCCUUCCCUUAAAUUCCCAUUGUGUCUUUCCCUUCCCUUCCCUUAAUUAAUUAAUUCCCUCCCCUCGAUCCCCUUCCCUUCGAUCCUUUUCUGUCUCUUUCCCUUCCCCUUCUGUCUUUCCCUUCCCUUCACUUCCUUAAAAUUUCCCUUCCCUUCCCUUCACAACCAUGGAGGUAGAAUUGGUGGAGUCGACAUCAGCCCAAUUCACCCGAGCUGUCAUUUUUACGGCCAGGUGUCAGGUGUUGUCAGGGCAGGUUAAUGGGCUCGGCCAGGCUCGCCCACCCCAUCUUUUGGCCGUAAAUUUAACAGAUCGUGGCGUCACCUCAAUGAAUGGGAUUAGCGGGCCGUGUCGACUCCACCAAUUCUACCUCCAUGUCAAAAGAAGAAAAAGAUCACAACCAUGGAGGUAGAAUUGGUGGAGUCGACAUCAGCCCAAUGUACCCGAGCUGUCAUUUUUACGGCCAGGUGUCACACUCUGUCCUGCCUGGGGGUUGGGCUGGCAUGUUCCUCCCUUCUUCUUUGUUGUUUACCUGCAACAAUAAAUUAUCGAUCAAUCAACCAUUAGCGGGCCGUGUCGACUCCAUCAAUUUUACCUCCAUGACCACAACAAACACACGUGGCGCCAGGCUCACCCCCUGGGGCAUUACGUAACACUAUAUUAUUUGUCUCCCUGAGGUCAACCGAGGUCAACCAGAGACACAGACACAAGAGAGAUUAACCAAAAUACAAAAAUAAUCAACGAGAAGGCAGAAAACGUAGGAGAAAACAAAGGAGUGAGGCAGAAGUGGAUGACCGACCCACCACACCGUCCCUUUUGACCUCCCGUGACCUGACCUCGAGGUGCCAGGGGUCAUGACAGGGCGUGGCACCUCCUGGACCAUGGACGAACAGGGUCGCCUCUGGAAGGACUGGUGGGCUGGAAGGUCAAGGGUCAAAGGGAGGUCAUUCAGCUACACCCAGAGACCAAUGAGCCGUGUGGAAGGAGUUUUGUUUUCGAUCAAGUGUUCGUGUAUCCUCACCCCAAGACCAUCUACACCGAGGCCAUACAGAAAGCCAUACGCGUCUUCUGCACCCGCCAGCGCAGCCUUGCCGUCGUCUUCUAUGGGGCCGCACACACAGGUAAGAAUUGGUACCUGAGUGGAGCCGAGGGACAUCCCCGGGGCAUCCUACAGAGGUCCUUCGCUGACAUCCUGGCCUACCUGAAGACUGUCCGGACUUGCUAUUGUAUGCUGAGAGUCUCGUAUGUGGAAAUCUUCAAUGAGAGAGUGGAAGACCUCCUUACAACAUACUCUUAUGGGGGUGUUGACGGCAGAUCCCCCAACAGCCCCGAACAGCCCGCUGCAACCCCGCCCCGCACCCCAGGACACCCCCAGCCCCUGCCGCCCCCGCUGAGGCUGGAGAGGGAUGCGGCGGGGCGUGUGGUGUGGUGUGGAGCGCGGGAGGUUACUGUGGCGAGGAUGGAGGAGCUGGAGGAUCUGUACGCCCUGGGCCGCAGCGAGCACCUCCUAAGGGCACACAGGACCAAGGGCAGACAGGAAGCCGCCCAUCAAGUCUUUAGAAUCAUUCUCGAGACAGUUCCGCGCUUCACCGACUAUCCGAGCUGGGAGAGCGUGUCUGUGUGCGUGUCCUUUCUCGACUUUGUGGUGGUGGGCGGGCUGGAGCUGCUGCCUACCCUAAGCAGUGUGACAGAGGAGCUGAGGGGCGGCCCACCAGUCACUCGGUCACUCUACGCCCUCCACCAUUAUGUCCUGGAUCAUGCGCCCGCCAAGAAUGCGCUGUAUGACGGGCGGCAGACCACGUUGACUCGGAUCCUGAGGGACGCACUGGCAGGUGACAGCCACUCCCUCUUCCUGUGUACCUGCAGCCCUCGCCACACCCAGCACACCCUCCACACACUCAGGUUCGGGGACGCCGCCAAGUGGUUGUUGCAGCACCCCACACGGCGCACCUACAGCAACAGCCUCCUGCACACCACCAUCAGGCAGCUCCUCACGUGCUACCAGGCUGCCAGGAGGGGGCUGAGGGGGAAGAAUAAAACCAUCACCACCACCACCACCACCUCCACCACCACCACACUAGAUGAAGAAGAGGAAGAUGAAGAGGAGGAGGAGGAGGAGGAGGAGGUGAAGGAGGAGGUGGAGGAGGAGGUACAGAAGAUGAUGUCCCUAGCAAGUAACAUCUUCCCCAUCAACACAAGGAAGAUGAAGGUGGAGUCCGAGGAGGAAACGGUGUUGAAAAAAAGAGGACGGCCGAGGAAGUGCCCCAUCAAAAUCAAGCCCUUCGUCCCCCUCCGUCAGGCCAAGAUAGACUACAUCGCUCUCUGGAAGUCCCACUACCUUGACUUCUGCCAUGGGAAAGAUGUGGAGAAGAAGAGGAAGAAGAAGAAGAAGGAGAGGAAGGAGGAGAAGAUUGAAGUCAUUGAAGAUAUGGAAGAAGAGGAGGAGGAGGAGAACGAUGAGAUGAAGAAGAAAGAGGAGGAGGAGGAGGAUGAAGAAGAGAAUGAAAUAAUACUAGUAGAAGACAAGGAAAUGAAGAAGAAGAAGAAGAAGGAGGAGGAGGAGGAGAAAAACAAGGCGAACCAAAAGGAGGAGGAGGAAGAGAACUAUGAGAUAACAAAGAAGAAGAAGAAGAAGAAGGAGAAGAUGGAAAAGUUCUUCAUGGCUGCCCAGUAUGACCUGACCACCACCACCAAACCUAAGCUCACAACACUGUACAGGAUUGGCAGCCUAAGGGAAUCCGAUCCUAACUCUUACUACGGAGGGUAUCUGAAUGCCUUGAAGAGGUGGAAGGAGGAGGAGGAGAAGGAAGGGCUUAAAGAGGAGGAUAGGGAGAGAAAAGAGAAUGAAAAGGAGGAGAAGGAGGAGGAGGAGGAGGGAAAGGAGGAGGAAGAAGAAGGUUUUAGAAAGGAAGAAAGGGAGAGAAAAGAGGAGAAUUUGGAGGAAGAGGAAAAGGAGGAGGAGGAGGAAGAGGAAGGGUUUAGAAAGGAAGAAAGGGAGAGAAAAGAGGAGAAUUUGGAGGAAGAGGAAGAGGAAGAGGAGGAGGAGGAGGAGGAGGAAGGAAUGAGAGACAAAAAGAAGACAGAAGAAACCAGAGAAGAGGAAGAGAAAGAGGAGGAGGAGGAGGAGGAGGAAAGAGAAAGAAGGAAAAGGGAAAGUACAAGACCAAAAGAAAGAGGAAAUAAAGAAAAUGAGAAUAAAGCAGAGAAGAAGAAGAAGGAGAGAGAGAGAGACAAUGCCACAAAGCCAGAAGAGAAAGAGAAGAAGGGAAGAGAAAGAGAAAACAAACAGAAGAAGAAAGGAGGAGGAGGAGGAGGAGGAGGAGGAGGAGAGGCAAGGAUUUAUCUGAAGGGGACGAUUACGAUAACAAGAAGAUGGGAUGUUUGUGUGGAUGGAGUUAUGAAGCAAUUCUUGGACCCAGAAUAUCAGCUCAAGGAUUACAGGCCCAAGAAGGUGUCGUUCAGCCUGAGCAACCUGGUGUACCGUGAACCCAAGUGGAAGCUGGAUGACGGCUAUGUCCACUUGCUGCGCCUCAGCCUGUGGAUACAGUACUUCAGACACAGCCUGGCACAGCGGGCCAGGGACGGGAGGCUGGUGUACGCCAUGCCGGACUUCAUCUCGCUGAAGGAGGUGUUCCUGGACAUCUUCCUCACCCCUUACCGGCGGACUGCUCGGCUUUGGCGACUCAAGGCUGUGUCGUACGAGGAUGGGCGUGUGUACCUGCAGAGUGACGUCACCAUGGCGCGUCAGCCUGAGAAGCUGAGUGCCAGGGCGGCCCUCACCACACACCUGAUGGGCCACCUCCUGCCGGACACAGCCACCAUCAGCCCUACCACCAGCACCACAGAGAAGCGAUCGGUCCCCUUCCCAGGACAAUACUGGCAGGUCUACUGGGGCGAGGUAGACGGUCUAGGCUUAUGCUACUCCUCGCAAGUGGAUUUACUAGACCGGGCCUCACAGUUCAUGCAAGAUUGGGCCCCCUCCUCCUCGUCUUCUUCCUCUUCCUCCUCCUCUUCCUUCCCGACCCCAGCCAUGUGCCAGCUCUUGAAGGUGUUUUCCAUGAGGCAUUUUAUGUAUAGGACGCAGCUGUAUCCUCCGCCCAGGGAUACGAAGGCGUGGAAGGAGCGGAUGUGGUUCACCUUGCUGGAGUGGUGGGCAGACUACCAGUUCGGGAGGGUGCCCAGCAUUAUCGGAGGGGAGCUGGAGGGGGAGGAGGUCACGGCUAUCAGGCUGUUUUGUGCCCAGACGCUGCCACAGUUAGCAGAGGCCUGGUGUGAGAAGCCCGCCUGGGACCCCACACUCGGCGCACACUACCUCUCCUCACUCCUGCGCUUCGUCAAGUAUUGGUGCAACCGCUGGAUGCGCGAAACACUCUCCUUUGAGCUCCAACCGAACGGCGACGUACUCUGCUGUCGGAGGAAGUUCAAAAUCGCAAGCCAGCACUUCCUCGUCGACAACAUCCUCCCGGACCAAUACGUUAGGGACCUGUACCCCGCCCCGCCCCGGAAACCCAAACCGAACUGGCCGGGGAAGCGAGGGCGGAAAUACAAGCCGUCGAUUGUCGUGGACGUAAAGCGACCCCGGCGGAAAAUGUGCUACUGGAAGCUGCCGAGGUUUUCCGAGGUUGAAACGGGAACGCCGGACAUGUCGCCGCCUCGGUUCGUCUUCAGGCCCGGGACGAGUAGGGACAAGAGGACGGGUUUUGACAAGGGGAUUGAUUUUGAUAGGGGUCGGAAGGAGAGUGCGGGAAGUGGAUGGGACGGGAAUGUACUCAACUUGACGCCUCCUAAGACCUCCCGAAACCCAAGACGGACAAACAAACGGACGCAGAGGGACGGAAAGGAACGAGGACCAUCUGGGGACAAGAGGACAGCUGGGAACAAGGGGGACAGAAAUGAAUGGGGCGGUAACACAAACAACCGCACACCGCCAAAUCGCUUCCCAAAUCAACCGAAAACAAAGACGAGGAUAAACGAGAACGGAGAGACUGAUGAUAACAGAAGAGAGGAAGAAGAAGGGAAGAGAGAUAGAUGGGACGGCCUCACACACAAGACACAGAUAAACGAGAACGGAAAAGAGCGGAAUAGAGUGACUGACGAUGACGGAAGAUCAGAAGAAGAAGGGAGUGACAAAGAAGGAGACAGAGAAGGAUCGAACACUAACACACAAAAUCAAACACCUUUUCCGCCUUUCCCGAACCCCCAAAAAACAAAAAUAAAUCACGCAAAGCCGAGAGACAGGCCACGAAACAGACCGCCCCCGCCAAAGCCUAGGGUCUAUUUGGGGCUUCCGAGAGGGCUGACGAGACCCCAGACCAGCCGGUGGGUCGACAAACGCGCUCGGGACUGGUAUAAAUCGAGUCUUCCCGGCGAUGUCUUCCCGAAACCACUGUUAGAUGAGGAGGAGGAAGAGGAGGAGGAGGAGGAGGAGGAGGGAGAAGAGGGAGAUGAGAUGGAGAAGUACCUACGUAAUCUCCUAUUUUCGUCCGCGUCGUCAUGUUCGGAGACAGAUGACGAGAGGGAUACUGAAGCUACGGAGAAGCGACUUGACGAAACACUCUUCAGGCCCCACACAGAAACACUAACGGAACCCAAACUCGUUGAACGCAAGCCACAGCAACACCACAAGAGGGCGACCCAAGCCGAAACUAACCUAACUGCCGGAACGCUUUUUACGUCAACACCAGAAACGGCAACGCAACACAAACUCGGCGAUCGCAGGCUAAGGCAACACAGCAAGGGAGCGUCCCAAGCCGAAACUAACCUAACCGCCGAAACACUUUUUACGUCAACACCCGAGACACCAACGCAACACAAGAUUGGCACGCGCAAGCCCACGCAACGCAGCAAAACACUGAUCAGCGAGGACGACGGCGCUUACGAAACACUCGAAAAAUACACGUUGCCGAUCAUUGACGCUCGGCAGCAGAAGAUCCCUCGUCUGAAGGGCCUACAGCGAGUGCCGAAAAUCCUCCCAGUGCCUCCCGUGCCCGAAGACGACGGUAGUUACGUAAAGAAGAAGUGGAGUGGCGAUAAGGGUGACGAGGGAAUUGUUUAUAGGGGUAAUUUGAGCCUUGAAAAGAUGAUGUGUAGAAGGGAGAGUGAGGAGGAGGAGGAGGAGGGGGUGGUGGGUGUGCUGUGAGGAUGGGAUGGAGGGAGAGAGGGAGAGAGAAGGGAUUAGGGAGAGAGAGAUUGGAUGAAGGAAGGAAGGAAGAGAACGGAGAUGAGAAAGAUGAAGGAAGGAAGGAAGGAAGGGAGAGAAAGAACAGAGAAGAAAGGAAGGAAGGGAAGAAAUAGGAAAGAAAGGAAGAGGAAUGGAGUAUAGAAGGAAGGAAGGAAGGAAGGAAGAGAAGGGAGAUGAGAAAGAUGAAGGAAGGAAGGAAGGAAGGGAGAGAAAGAACAGAGAAGAAAGGAAGGAAGGGAAGAAAUAGGAAAUAAAGAAAGGAAGAGAGGAAUAGAGAAGGAAGGAAGGAAGAGAAGGGAGAUGAGAAAGAUGAAGGAAGGAAGGAAGGGAGAGAAAGAACAGAGAAAAGGAAGGAAGGGAAGAAAUAGGAAAAAAACAAAAGGAUAAGAUUAUUAGAGGAAGGAAGGAAAAUGAAGAAACAGAUUAAAAAAAAAAAAAAAAAUACUACCAUGUUACUACGACCAUAUGACAAUCUAAAUCACCAUGUUACUUUUUGGUACUUAAUUUCCUUAUGGUAGAAGUGUUACUUACGACUUUGAGAUCAUUUAAGUUACCGAGGAAAUUAUACUUUUGUUAAUUUAUUUUUUUGUACAUGGAUAGAAGAUACAUUGUUAACUUGGCUAAAGGAACGGAUUAAGAGGAGUAUAUUUAAGAAUGGCUUUUACAAACAUUGGUAAAUAUAAAAUGUUCUCUCA